CUCUGACACACACACACAGAACAACUGCUCUGAAACCUAGGGGCACAGCACGGACACUGCCAGGAUCUAUAUCUGCACAGCAAGAAACUUAAAAGGUUCAUAAUGGCAGAAUAUAACUGGAAUUCUAGCAAUCCAUACAGUUUGGUAGAAGAUGGAAGAUCUAUAAAUGAAACAAACUCAUGGACAACAUUUAUUAACAGCACUUACAGCAAUACUUCUGAAGAACUUAGAUGUCCAUUUCCUGAAGGCUGGGACUGGAUAAGUGCCUACCAACCAAUUUUCAUGUGGGUAUUAUUUGUGUUAGGGUUUAUAGAAAACAUCAUUGUCCUCACAGUUUUCCUGCUUCAUAAAAAUCGCUGUACAGUAGCUGAAAUCUACCUUGGAAAUAUGGCAGCUGCAGACUUGUUGUUAAUCUGUGGCUUACCUUUCUGGGCAAUAAACGUUUCCAAUAACUUUCAUUGGCCGUUUGGUAGUUUCCUUUGCAUUGCUAUCAAUACUAUUAUACUAGUUAACCUAAAUUCUAGCGUUUACUUUUUGAUGAUGGUUAGUAUUGACCGAUACUUGGCUUUGGUGAAAACCAUGUCUUUUGGGCGAAUGAGAAGAGCAGGUUAUGCCAAGCUGAUUUGCAUGGUAAUUUGGAUAUUUGCCGUGCUCGUUAGCUUGCCCAAAUCAUCAUUCAGAGUCCUUACACCCAUUGAACAGUUAAACGUCACUGCUUGUAUCCUUCAACCGCCAUCGGACGAUUGGUUCAUUGCAACAAAUAUAAUGAUAAACACCAUUGGAUUUCUUCUUCCUGUGGUCGUCAUUUCAUUUUGUACUUUUAAAAUCAUUGAAGUUUUAAGCAAUAACACAAUGCAACAGUUUAAGGAAGUCAAAACGGAAAAAAAGGCCACAAUGCUAGUGUUGGCUGUUCUUCUUGUUUUCAUUAUCUGUUGGCUGCCCUAUCAUAUUGUUACAUUUGUUGAUACUUUGGUACUUUUUAAAGUUGUGAAGGGUUGUGGAAUUUCAGACUUUCUCCAAAUCGGUUCCCAGAUUUCAAGCUACUGUGGCUACAGCAACAGCUGUAUUAACCCACUCCUAUAUGUCAUGGUUGGAAAUCAUUUCAGGAAGAAGACAAAGGAAGUUUACAAGCAAUUUAAAACAAGGGGACAAAAAAAAAACUCAAUUUAUCAGAUAGAUUAUUCUGGAGACACUGUCCGAACUUCCAUUUCAAUGGGACCACAGAAAAUCCGAAUAUGAUUUUAAGGACUAUAAUGUAACGCUUGACGUGUGAUGUGAAAGGUUUCAUCCCUUUGUGUGAACUGAAUAUGUCUUCUAUAUAUUUAUAAGCUAACUUAAAUUAUUUACCAUUAAUAUUGUAAAUGAUGUAAAAUUGUGGCGUUUUGUUUUAUCUCACACAUUCCUGAUGCACUGAUGCUAAACUAGUAGGAAACAUUUAUUAAUUUGAUUCUACUGAUUUUCUAUUCAUGUAAAGAGAAAUAUUUAAAGAAUUAUUCAAGAGAUAAGUUCAAAACGCAAAAAAGCCUCGUUUAUCAUGAUUUCGAUACAAUUAAGUUAAAAAAACAAAAACAAAUUUAAAGCUACAUUAUACAGCCAAGGUGCACUUAGUAAGUCCAGAAUGUAUAUACAAACAUCUGUUAAAACAUCUGGAAACUAUCUAAAGGUUUUCUAAUAAAAUUGCCUUGUAAUGUGAGAUUUUCCCUAUCACUCUUACUAUAUUCUGAAAUAGACCCCAUACAGAGAAAAAAUACAGCUUAUGAUUUUUACUAAAAUAACGGUAAAAAAAAAAAAGGGGAAAGUGUAUUGUAAAAUUAAAUAUCUGGAUUUGCUCUUUGAAACCACAACCCAUCAAAAUAGGCUGUUUGCAGAGAGAUUAGAUAUCCUUAUCCUAACUCUUGAAUGCUUCCCUUUCUUAUCUCUGUCUCUAUACAUUACGUAGAAAGAACAAUAAAAAUGAACAUUUUACAACUUUAUCUCUCUCACACCCCACUGGGAGUGUAAUUUCUUCCGCUGGUUGUGUUUCCAUAGCUUUUCUAUAGCCUACAAUUAAAUAUAGAAACUUUCAGUAUAGGUAGGGAUACCACGGGCAAAAUCAUCUAUUUAAAAAGGUGAUAUACAAGUAAAUAAGCUAUUUGUAAACAAUGUAGUACAUUCCAGCAGGUAAAAUGGAUCCUUGGGAACAAAUACAAGGGCAGAAACAUUUAGGGUAUAAACUGCAUUAUAUUAUAUCACUGGUUUUCAAGCCUGCCCUCAGGCCUCCCUAACAGGCCAGAUGUUGAGGAUACCUGAACUGGAGCACAGGUGAAAUAAUCAGCAGCUUAGUAAACAUUGUUAUUUUGCCUCCUCUCAUCCAAGGUAAUCCUGAAAAUCUGUCCUGUUGGGAAAGCCUGAGGACAGGUUUGAAAAUCAUUGCAUUAUAUCUUAAAAUCAGGAAAUAAAAAAAAAACAUUAGCUUGGAAAUAUAUGAAGCUGCUUUUCUCCUAAAAUUAGCCACAAAACACAAGGUGUUAUCUGUGUGUGUAAACAAAUUAAAUAACGAUAUAUAUUUUUAAAGCUGGUUUAUUUUUCAAUGCUUGAGUAAAAAACAAAAUCUGUUUUUUUAGUACAAUAUGGUAACUGCUUCUUUGUGCAUUGCAGAUGGAGAGAUCUAAGGUCUAUUAUAGUUAAAGAAUGACGUGCUCCAAUUAGUUAAAUAUGUGUUUAACCUCUUUGCGAAGGUUAAAACAUGGAGGUACAAGGCCACUAGUUCUAAUUUUAUACACUCUAACAAAUCUGAGCAUGUAAUUUUUCAACUAUAAUGACCCUUUCAUUUUCUUUCUUUUUAUCAGCAAAUUAUAUUGAUGUUGUUGGUUGUUGUUUUUUUUAAUUUACUGUGUACAAAAUUCCAAUAGAAUAAAAAAUAGCUAAUAUAAUUCUAAACAUAUAUAUUUAUUUAUUUUUUGUUUUUCUUUUCUAAAGUGAUAGUAAAUCCAAGCAUUUCAAAAACGCUAGGAUUUACCAGCACUAAAAAGGAAGGCACAUUUAUUUAAUUAUUAUUAUCGGUUAUUUGUAGAGCGCCAACAGAUUCAUCAGUUUAAAAAAAACUGUGUAAAAGGUACUUUUAUUUUGCGGAGGCUUCACUGCGAAACGGAGCGCCUCCGGCCACACACAGCACAGCUCAUUUUUUUCAAUGGCGUAAUGUUUCUACCUUUUAGCCGUAUGGCUAGCAAGGCUAUUGGCUAAGAGGUGGAAACAUCACCUUAUUGAAAAAAAUUAGCUGAGCCGUGUGCGACCAGAGGCGCUCAGUUUAGCAGUGAAGUCACGGAAAAAUAAAGGUACCUUUUACAUCGAUUUUUUUUAAACUCAUGAAUGAAGGUCGCCUUCAUUUACCAUCUACGAUUUACCAUCACUUUACGAUACCAUUUCCAGAACAGGCCAAUUUCACACAAAACUAAUGCUAGUUUUAUAUAUGAUUUAGUGUUGUUUUUUCUUCGGUAAGUAUACAAUCAUUUAAUUGAAUAGCAAAAAGUUGUAUGGUGCUUUAAAAUAAAAAAAAUAAAAAAUAUUUUGUAAAACAAGCUGACAAUGGAAUUACUACAUGAAAAUGGAAAUCGAACACCACAAAUGCUAGAUAGAAUGAUGCAUUCAAAGGAAAGAUUAGUCUGAGAAUAUCAUGUUGAUGUAUUUUUGUAAGUUUCUUUAGUUGAUUAAAUAUUUACAAAAUAAGUGUAAAGUUUCAGUGUCUAUAAAACAAUGGGAGCUGCCAUGUUGUAACUUAGGUUACCUUCUCUGCUGUGGCCAAUUAGGGACAGUUAUAAAUAGGUCACUAGAGUGUGCAGCCAAUGGCUAUGUGUAAUAUAACAGUGUUCUGAACUUCCAUUUCUAAAAGGGAACUGAAAUGCUCACAAUUUCAGAAUAGAAUUACAGGAAAAGGGAACAAAAUAAAUAAUGAAAGUAUAUUGUAGAUUUUUUUUAUAUACAAUUUAUCAUUUUAUACUACCAUCUCAAAGUUUAUAAUGUCCCUUUAACAGCAAAAAGGAAUAACCUAAAUAGUUACUAAAAUGUUGCAGGAAUAGAACUAAACUCAUUUUAUUUGUCGGACAAUAAAAUGAAUAUAUAAAUCAUUAAAGCACAAUUCAUGGAAAGAAAAGUUAAUCAUAAGCUUUAAAAAUCACUUUGCUUACAGUUUGAUUCACUUUGUGUGUAAGAAAACUAUGCAUUUUUCUACAUUAUUAUACACAACUAUAAUAUCUUAUAGACAAACUACAAAUGAUGCAAAAGACAACUAUAAGCAUAUAGAAUUAUGUUGUCAAAUAAUUUAACUGCAUGGAAUAUGGGAUAAAUAGAUCUUUUCUUUUUACAUUGGAAAACAGUUUCUCUCAUGUUAGGUUGAUAUGCUGUUUUCUUCUGCUAAUGGGUGUGGGUGAUCCUGCCUAAUUGCAGCUAAGUCUGGAAACACUUUGAAAAUUAAAAUACGUGUAGGUCAGAGGUUUGGCACAAGGAACAGUUAAGUGUCUAUUGUUGUUUUUUUUUGUAUUAUUUCUUUAUGAAAUCUGUUUUAACCAUUGCAAAGUGCUCACUAAAUGUGUUUGCUGUACAAUGUAUUUCUUCUCAUAGUAUCUACCUCUUGGCAUAAAUAAUAUCCUAGUCUUUCUGUGUUCUAUGGCUUAUUAAAAAGGUUGUCUACCUCUCUGAGCUUAUUCACUGUAUAUAAAAGGUGUCAAUGUCUCAGCACUAGUCUUAAAGGGACAUGAACCCCAACAUUUUUCUUUCAUGAUUCAGACAGAGAAUACAAUUUAAAACAACUUUCCAAUUUACGUAUAUAAUUUAAUUUGCUUCCUUCUCUUGUCAUCCUUUGCUGAAAGCUGUAUCUAGCAGCGCUGCGGAAUAUGAUGGGGCAUAAUAAAUAAAGUAUAAUAAUAAUAAAAAUAAGGUCAGGAGCAGCAGAUAACCUAGGUUCUAGAUGCUGAUUGGUGGUUCCAUAUAUAUAUAUAUAUAUAUAUAUAUAUUGAUUGUGAUUGGCUCACCCAUGAGUUAAGUUAGAAACCAUUAGUGCAUUGCUGCUCCGUCAACAAAUGAUAUACCAAGAGAAUGAAACAGAUUAGAUAUAGAAGUAAAUUAGAAAGUUAUUUAAAAUUGUAUUCUCUAUCUGAAUCAUGAAAGAAAAAAAAUGGGUUUCAUGUCCCUUUAAGUUUAAUUUAAACUUUGCAAAAAUAAAAUAUAUGUGUUCUAAUAUUUCAUAUUCAGUUACACAUGCAAAUCUGAAGAUUUUUGAGUUUGUUUCAACACAUUCAGUAGCAGACUAAAUUUAUUUCAAGAGUCUUAUUUAAAGGGACAGAAAAUAUUUAGAGAUUUUUAUAUAAAAUGUUCAGUUAUGUUCACUGAACAAUUUUGCAAUAUAUUUUCAUUAAUUAUUUUGUGCCCUUUUUAUGUAAUGUAGCUCCAUUUAUUUUUAGGAUUUCCUAAUUCUGGGAACUUGAAGUGCACCCUGCUAACUUUCAAGGCUAAACCUACUACAUAUAUUUCCCUUAUGAUCUUUAACUGAUAACACAUGCAAAAUGUUUUACUUGAUACUAAUAUUUUGACCAGGUUUACGCUUGUCUGCAAACUAAAGCCCAGAUUGGCUCUGGAUAAUUUGUUUUAAAAACAUUUCGAUUUGACUGAUAUUUUAUUUUAUAGCAACACAAAAAGAUGUCUUCUAAUUACAAAGUGUUCACUGUUGCCUUUAUCUGUUGUAUCUCACAACAAGGAGCCCAUCAAAAUGUAUUCUGUUAAUAAUUUUGGUUUAAAAAUCCUGCAAUGGCAUAAUUUAACUUUUUUUUCAUUGUAUCAAAUGCUAUUGAAAUGGAUAGGCACUCGGUUUUAUUAUCUGUAAUAUAAAUCAUCAAAAUAAAAACUUUGAUAAUU